AUGGGUUCCCUUCUGCCCUACGCGCGCAAACACAAGGUGGCCGUGAUUGGCUCCGGAAACUGGGGUACUGCUAUCGCCAAGAUCGUCGCUGAGAAUACCGCCAGUAACCCUGCCAUCUUUGAGAAGGAUGUUCAGAUGUGGGUUUACGAGGAGAAAGUUGAAAUACCCAAGGACUCUCGUCACUAUGAUCCUGCCUCGCCUCUGUGCCAAGGCCCCCAGAACUUGACCGAUGUGAUCAACCAGACUCACGAGAACAUUAAGUACCUUCCUGGAAUCACGCUCCCCACGAACCUGCACGCCAACCCUUCGGUUGUGGACGCUGUCAAGGACAGCACCAUCCUUGUGUUCAACCUCCCUCACCAGUUCAUCAUCAAGACAUGUGAGCAGAUCAAAGGAAAGAUUGUACCAUACGCUCGUGGUAUCUCUUGUAUCAAGGGCGUCGACGUGCAGGAAGAGGGAAUCAGUCUGUUCUCAGAGACGAUUGGCAAGAUUCUGGGCAUCUACUGUGGUGCACUUUCUGGUGCCAACAUCGCCAGCGAAGUGGCCCAGGAGAAAUGGUCCGAGUCGAGCAUUGCUUACGACCCUCCUCAUCUAGAUUCGAAGGCUCCUUCUCCCAAUCGUUCUCCUUCCUCCUCCACUGUGGACGUCGUUCAUUUUGAGCACAAGGAUGUUUCUGGUCAACUCUCUCGUGUCAAAUUGCAAGCACUUCCUUCCGAGUACCCUCCAGUGGACCACGCGGUGCUGAAAUCGCUGUUCCACCGCCCCUACUUCCAUAUCCGCGUGGUGCACGAUGUUGCAGGUGUGUCGCUUGGUGGUGCCCUCAAGAAUGUCGUCGCUAUCGCUGCCGGAUGGGUCGAAGGCAUGGGAUGGGGUGACAACGCCAAGGCUGCUGUCAUGCGGGUAGGCUUGUUGGAGAUGGUCAAGUUCGGAGAAAAGUUCUUUGGUGCUACCAUCAACACCAGAACUUUCACCGAGGAAAGUGCAGGUGUUGCCGAUUUGAUCACGAGCUGUAGUGGUGGCCGGAACUUCCGCUGUGCGAAGCUGAGCGUCGAAAGGAAGCAGCCGAUCUGGAAGAUCGAGGAGACGGAAUUGAAUGGCCAGAAGCUGCAGGGCACUUUGACUGCGCUCGAGGUGAAUAAAUUCUUGAAGAAGCAGGGUUGCGAAGACGAAUUCCCUUUGCUGACGGCGGUGUACCGGAUCCUGGAGGGCAACAUGUCUAUUGAAGACAUUCCUUCUCACAUUGAACGGUAA